CCAGAGCUGCACAGAACAGCUGAUCAGGCUUGGCGCCCUCUGUGAUCAGCAUGGCGCUGCUUGCUGUGCGCAAGGCCAGGUUGCUGCUCCCCUCGUUCCUUGAAGUCUCAGGAGUAGCAAGGAGCUUCGGCAUUGAUAGCUCACCCACACGGUUGAUCAGUUCCUCCCUGAUCUCAAGGAUGUUGCCCUCGCAUGCAGAACCAUCAGGAACAGCCGGGAUGCCCUUGGCAGCUGGUUCAGAGGGUUUCUCGUUUGCCAGAAGGGAGUUCGCUGCCGCUGCUUCCGGCCAAGCUCAAGUCUUUGCGCCUGGCACCGAAGCAGCUGACAAGGCCCGCAGUGCAUCCCUCCCCUCCUCAUCUAGCCCCCCACAAUCAGCUGCCAAAACUGUCCCCGCGUCUGCCCCUCCAGUGCGAGACCGACUGCUGGUAAUUGGAGGGAACGGGUUUGUAGGGGGCCACAUUUGCAAGGCUGCGGUGGAGAAAGGCUACAAAGUGUCCAGCUUGAACAGAUCUGGCCCGCCCCAGCACAGUGAGAGCUGGGUGAAGCACGUUGAUUGGAUUCGUGGCAACGUCUUUGAACCCCCCAGCUGGCGACACUCCCUGAAGGACGUACAGGGGGUCAUCUCCUGCGUCGGGGCUUUUGGAUCAUAUGAGACGAUGAAAAGGGUGUGUGGAGACGCUAACGUUACGGCUGUGAACACAGCAGCAGAGGAAGGUGUUAAGCGGUUCGUGUUUAUUUCCGCUGCGGAUAUGGGCCUGCCGACCUUUGUGCUGCGAGGCUACUUUGAGGGAAAGCGUGAAGCGGAAAGGGCGAUCCGAGAGAAGCUGCCGUAUGGAGGGAUCAUUUUCCGGCCCAGCUUCAUCCACGGAAACAGGCGCGUCGGCUCCCUAACUCUGCCUUUGGGUCUUGUGGGCAGCCCCUUGGAAGCGAUCUUCAAGAGCUCGGCAGGGAAGUGGGUCCACGGCCUGCCACUUGUCGGCCCCUUGAUCGUGCCCCCGAUCAACGUGGAGACGCUGGCCAAGGCUGCAGUACUUGCGGCGAAGAACAACGUCGUACCUCCGGGGAUCAUGGAUGUCUGGCAAAUAAGCAGGCUAGCCGAACGGUAACCAUUUGAUUGGCACUUUUGCGGAUUCUGAAUAAGCGAAGUGCCAACGAGAGACAUUUUGUACAGGAUUGACAGGGUCGAGCACGCAAGCGGAAACUUGGACAUAAGGAGUCGGCUACAGACUAGCAUACGGUCAUAUGCCAAGAUACUGAAGUGUCCAUAUGCAUGUAGCUUGUUUACAGUGAGAACUUCAGGCUGUGCAUUCGUAAGCAUCUAAAGUCGAGUUCUUUUCUGUAGCUUCUCAAAUCGAAGCUUGUCUCCUAACGAAUGGAUCCCUGGACCAGUCUACAUGUGCA